AUGUGGAUUGAUGUGAACGUGGACGUGGACAUGGACGUGGAUGUGGACAUGGACGUGGACGUGGACGUGGACGUGGAGGACUUGGACGUGGACAUGGACGUGGACAUGGACGUGGACUUGGACGUGGACAUGGACUUGGACAUGGACGUGGACAUGGACGUGGACAUGGACUUGGACAUGGACAAGGACAUGGACGUGGACGUGGACGUGGACGUGGACGUGGACGUGGACAUGGACGUGGACAUGGACGUGGACGUGGACAUGGACGUGGACAUGGACGUGGACAUGGACGUGGACGUGGACGUGGACGUGGACGUGGACGUGGACGUGGACAUGGACGUGGACAUGGACGUGGACGUGGACGUGGACGUUGACGUGGACAUGGAAGUGGACGUGGACGUGGACGUGGACGUGGACAUGGACAUGGACGUGGACGUGGACGUGGACGUGGACAUGGACAUGGACGUGGACGUGGACAUGGACGUGGACGUGGACAUGGACGUGGACAUGGACGUGGACAUGAACGUGGACAUGGACGUGGACGUGGACGUGGACGUGGACGUGGACAUGGACGUGGACAUGGACGUGGACGUGGACGUGGACGUGGACGUCGACAUGAACAUGGACGUGGACGUGGACAUGGACGUGGACGUGGACAUGGACGUGGAGGACUUGGACGUGGACUUGGACGUGGACGUGGACGUGGACAUGGACGUGGACGUGGACGUGGACGUGGACGUGGACAUUGUCGUGGACGUGGACGUGGACGUGGACGUGGACGUGGACAUUGUCGUGGUCGUGGACGUGGACGUGGACGUGGACGUGAACGUGGUCGUGGACGUGGACGUGGACGUGGACGUGGACGUUGAGGUGGACAUGGACAUGGACAUGGACGUGGACGAGGACGUGGACGUGGACGUUGACGUGGACAUGGAAGUGGACGUGGACGUGAACGUGGUCGUGGACACGGACGUGGACGUGGACGUGGACAUGGAUGUAGACGUGGACGUUGACGUGGUCGUUGACUUGGACGUGGAGGUGGACGUGGACGUGGACGUGGUCGUGGACAUGGACGUGGACGUGGACGUGGACGUGGACAUGGACGUUGACAUGGACAUGGACGUGGACCUGGACGUGGUCGUGGACGUGGUCGUGGACGUGGACGUGGUCGUGGACGUGGACGUGGUCGUGGACGUGGACGUGGACAUGGACGUGGACGUGGACGUGGUCGUGGACGUGGUCAUGGACGUGGAGGACUUGGACUGGUCAUGGACGUGGUCGUGGACGUGGAGGACUUGGACGUGGAGGACUUGGACGUGGACGUGGACAUGGACGUGGACGUGGUCGUGGACGUGGAUGUGGUCGUGGACGUGGUCGUGGACGUGGACGUGGUCGUGGACGUGGUCGUGGACGUGGACGUGGACGUGGUCGUGGACGUGGAGGACUUGGACGUGGAGGACUUGGACAUGGACUGACGUGGACGCGGACGUGGACGGGGACGUGGACGCGGACGUGGACGCGGACGUGGACGCGGACGUGGACGUGGACGUGGACGUGGACGUGAACGUGGACGGGGACGUGGACGUGGACGUGGACGUUAACAUUGAUACGUGGACGCGGACGUGGACGUGGACACGUGGACGUGAACGUGGACGUGAACACAUGGUCGUGGACCUUGACGUGGACGUGGUCGUGGUCGUGGACGUGGUCGUGGACGUGGACAUGGACGUGGACGUGGACGUUGACGUGGACGUGGACGUGGACAUAGACGUGGACGUGGACGUGGCCGUGGACGUGGUCGUGGACAUGGACGAGGACGUGGACGUGGACGUGGACGUGGGCGUUCACGUGGGUGUGGACGUGGACGUGGACGUGGACGUGGACGUGGGCGUUGACGUGGUCGUGGACGUGGUUGUGGACGUGGACGUGGACGUGAACAUUGAUACGUGGACGUGGACGUGGACGUGGUCGUGGACGUGGACGUGGACGUGGACGUGGACGUGGACGUGGUCGUGGACGUGGACGUGGACGUGGACGUGGACGUGGACGUGCACGUGGACGUGGACGUGA